GAUGGAGUCGGAUCAUGUCUGCGUGUCGCUCCGGUCACUUUAACACGGAGUCCUGACUGUGAGCGUCACAUGUCGAGUGAGCGGUGACAGUUUUACUUAAUUUCUUGAUAUUUAAAUGCUCCGAGAUGGAGUGUGCUGUUUGAAAGAGGCUGCAGCCACAGAGAGAAAGCUCUAAAGUGGGGCAUGACAGAUGAAGGUUUAGAACCUAUGACUUAACAUGUCUUAACAGGCCAGAGAUGGAGUGAUCUGUCUGAAAGAAAGUGCAGACAGAGAGAGGAAGUACAGAAACACAGACACAGUGUGAGUCAGUGUGUUGGUGAAUGAAUGUAGCAGCUGCUCCAGGAAAGCUGAAGUGUGUUUGUUAGGUUCAAAUCAACCUGAUAUCUGAAAACAUGUCCACCAUAUCUUGAACACGAGGUCAAGUUCCUCUUUAUUUACACAGUGUUCUCUCACUUCUCUCAUCCACUGGGACCGUGUCGGGAUCAGUCGCUGGAGAAGCUUUUGUUUCGUUUACUGUUCGUUUGUCUUUAUGACUUUAGCUUCGGUUAUUAGGAGUUCACCAGGUUUCAGGCCUGUUCUUCAGUAACAGACACGGAGGAGCGGAGACCCGGUGGUUCGUUCUCACAGAAUGAAAAACAGAUGUCUGCGUUCUUGGCUCUGGUUGUGUGGAUCCUCAUCAUGUGGACUUUCACCACAGCAGAUGAUGAGGUCUCCUGCGUUUUAGAGGAGAGCUGCAUCUUACCCUGCAGUUUUCAACCUGGUCCAGACCCAGUCAUUUACUGGAUGCAGGUGAAACCAGGAAACACUCGUGUUCACUCCUACUACAGUGCCAGAGACCAGUUUUAUCACCAGAGCAAGCGCUUCACAGGCCGGACAUCGCUGUUCACAGAUCAGAUCUCCAGUGGAAAUGCCUCCAUCAGGCUGAAGGGGCUGCAGCAUCAGGACCGGGGCCGAUACGAGUGUUACACUAGCACCUUCACUGGAGCCGGCAAGGCGUCAUUUAUCAACCUGAGAGCAGAUGUUGAAGCUGAUACUGAAGCAUUGGACGUCUCGUUGCUUGCCGGCACCAUAACCGCUUUGAAAAAUGCUCCGGUGCGUCACGUGGACAUUGAGCAGGUGGAGGACAGCUUCACCUGCCGCUCAGAGGGGAUCUCCCCCGAGCCGCAGCUCACCUGGUCCACCAGGCCUCCGUCCAACUUGACCCUUCAGAACCAAACCACAGUGAAGGAGACGGAGCAGCAGCUCUAUGAGAUCAGCAGCACACUGAUACUGUCAGACAGAGACACUGUUCUGAUCUGCAGCAUCAGCACUUGCCAUGGCAGGAGGAGCGCGGUGUGGUAUCAACCCACUCUCGUCCGUGUGUCACCGUUUAAAACAACAACAACAAUCCACUGCACUGCUGCAAACAUCAAACCCCCGACACACUGGGUGUGGAAAUUCAACCACAGGCAGAUCAUUGUGAACCAGACCGGGGCCGACGGCCUCCACAGCGUCUCAGAGCAGUGGAGGCAGCAGGUGGAGGAUGUGUCAGCGUCAGGCAGCCUCACGCUGCACCACUUAUCUUCAUAUCACCAGGGAACGUUCACCUGUGAACUCAGUAGUGAAGAGGAGACGCACUUCAUCAACAGCUACGUGAUGAUAGAGAAAGGUUCAGUUGCAGCAGUUGUGGUCGGAGUCCUCGUUGUGUUUGUAGCAUUAGGAGCUGGAGCCGGAUUCUCCUACUAUAGAAGACGAAAGAUCAUCCACAAUCAGAUGCUUCAGAUGAAAGAUUUAACACUCGAUGGUUAUGAACUCUCAAAGACUCGGUGUAAAGUCUUGGCCUUAGCUCUGAAGUCAGAUCUCUCACUUCUGGCAGAACUGGAUCUGAGAGACAACGAGCUGCUGGAUUCAGAAGUGAACCUGCUGUGUUCUGGUCUUGAGAGUCCAAACUGUCGACUGGAGACUUUGAGGUUGAAGAGCUGCAGUCUGUCAGAGAUCAGCUGUUCUUCUCUGGCUUCAGCUCUGAGGUCAAACCCCUCUCAUCUGAGAGAACUGGAUCUGAGCUUCAACGACCUGCAGGACUCAGGAGUGAAGGAGCUGUGUGGUUUUCUACAGAGUCCAACCUGUCGACUGGAGACUCUGAGGUUGAAGAACUGCAGUCUGUCAGAGAUCAGCUGUUCUUCUCUGGCUUCAGCUCUGAUGUCAAACCCCUCUCAUCUGAGAGAACUUGAUCUGAGCUACAACUACCUGCAGGACUCAGCAGUGAAGGAGCUGUGUGGUUUUCUACAGAGUCCAACCUGUCGACUGGAGACUCUCAGGACCAAGUUCUCCAGCCCUGUUUCUUCCACUUUGGGUUAAUUUCCAACAUGAAACCCUUCCUCUGGUUUCAGGACUUACACGGGGUCGUCCAUGUCUUUAUCUCUUCACCACUAGAUCUCUGUCCCGCCCUGUACACACGUGUUCCUCAGGCUCCAUGCACCACUUUCAACUAGUCAAACUGCUGCUCAGAUCAUCACCACUUCAAGAAAACUUGAUCAUAGAACUGCUCGCCCUUUCACACAUCAACUGUGGAACAUGUUCUGACAAGUGGGUCGGACAUUUUCUGGAGCUGAAGCCGCAGCAGGAGAUUGUCCAGGUCCGACUCGUUCACAGCAACAGGAACAUGUGGGAGCAUUCAUAUGAGGGGCGGAGCCAAACACAUAUCACUACGAUAACCAUGGUUAAGUUAUGUUAAGUUACAGGUUCAGUGUGAAGGAGUUAGUGACGUCUCCAGGUGUCGUACAUGUGAACGUAGUCCACUUGUACGACACCUGAACAUGUCCAACAAGAUAUUUAGAGACAUCUUGUGGUGAAGUUACAUAUUACAAACAACUGAACCCUGAGGACACAAGGACUUUCAAGCUGUUUUCAGUCAUAUGAAGAUGGGUGGAGCAGCAGGAGGCUGGACAUGACGUAUAAAUCCUGCUGUGGAAAGAUCAGUGUUGUUGUUUACAGCUCAUCCACACCGGCGUCGGCCCUCAUCACCAAAAGCUCUGGAAUCUCCUUGUGUUUCCAAGUUGACGUCUUCUACAUUUACGGCUCCUCUUCUUCAUCCUGAGAUAUUUGAGUUCUUCCAGUUUCACGUCCGUCACGUGUUAGAAACCUCAUCAACACGUCAACUCGCUCUCUGUGAAUCCUCUGGACAUUCACCUGCUCUAUUCUAAUAGCUCUACUCACUCAGAAAGAGACAGUGAUGCUUAGUCAAAGCCAUUUAUUUUCACACAUGAACUAAGUUUAAUUUACAGUUAAGUUUUAUUCUUUAUCCAGGUUGGAGGCCUGCAGUCUGUCACAGAUCAGCUGUUCUUCUCUGGCUUCACCUCUGAGGUCAAACCCCUCUCAUCUGAGAGAACUGGAUAUGAGUAGAAACGUCCUGCUGGACUCAGGAGUGAAGGAGCUGUGUGGUUUUCUA